CGCUCGGGUCUAUACAUAUAGCUCCACCACCCCGGCGCAAAGGCGAGCAAAAACCGCCCGAGCAGAAGAAAGCGUCGUGCCGUGCGUGCCUAGAGCGCAAACCACCGGGGAGCAGAGAGAAUAGGCGGCAGGAUUGAUGGCGGAGGUGGAGAGGAAGGCGCCGCGGAGGGAGGAGGAGCUGGUGGAGGCGGCGCUGGCGGCCGCCGCGGCCGCGCUGUUCGUGUCCGGGGUCAAGAGCCUGGCGCCGGCCGUGCUCGUGGACCGCUGGUGGUGGCCCCUGCCCGCGCAGGUGCUCGCCGCGGCGCCGUCGCCCGUCCUCUUCCUGCUCCUCAACGUCCUCGUCGCCUGCAUCGUCGUGGUGUCCCUGCAGCCCACCAAGCGACCCGCCGCGGCGUCGGCAACGGGCGGCGUCGCCGCGGAGGUGGCGCCGGCGGGCGACGGCGCGGCGAAGAAGCUGAAGAAGAGGCGGAGCAGCAAGAGGCGCGGGGCCGACGCCGAACCGGCGGCUCUCGCGCCACCCUACGUCGCGGCCGACCGCUGCAUGGCGCUGGUGGUUGACCGCGGUGUCGUGGCGCCGACGGGCGGAGAAGAAGAAGAGGAAGGAGCCGCCGGCGACGCGGCGGAGGUGGACAGGCGCGCGGAGGAGUUCAUCUCGGCGUUCCGGCACCGCCUCAGGGUCGACUCCUUCUCGUCUCGCCGCGGGGAGGCUGGCGACGCGGCGGCGCGAGCCAUCAGCAGCACUGCGCCGUGCUUUUGACCCGAGCCAGCUGCGUCCUGCGUGCACCUCGCGGACACUGUUUUGUUCAAAUUGCAGUCAGCUUCUUUCUUUCGCUUUCUUCUCGUUCUUCUUGUUGCUCUUUGAUCUGAGCAAGUGAUCUGUAGCUACCACUAGCACGUUGACAUCAACUGGUUGGAUGAAUCUUCGAGCAUGCUUGGCUGGUGCUCCGAAGAAAUACGCAUGCGAAUCUGCAGACAUUUCUUCUUGGAUAAUACUUCCAAUAAAAUACUAGUACAGGAAUGCGUGUGCACAUUCCAAUAAGGCACUGAAACAUAUUCUU